AUGGGCGCAAUCAUCGAGCAACUUGGGUAUAAACUGGUUUGGUCAGCCGGUAGUUGCAAGCUGUAUCCUCCCGAUGGUAAGUCGUUGAGGCUUAGGGUCAAAAAUGGUUGCCCGGAAUUGGUAGAGAGCCAGGCCCUUACGCUGAUAUCACGGUUGGAGGAACACAAAAUGCAACAGGUUGAGGAGCUCAGGCGAAGAACGGAUGAGGGGAAGGAUCGCAUCAGACAGGCGAAAAUCGCGAUGCAGCGCACAUGGUGGGAUCAUUUGGUGGAGCAUGUUAGCUCGUCAGCGCCAGCAGCGGGCCACAUGGCAGUAUCCACGGCGCCAUUCUUUCAGGAUGUGCCCGAUCGUGCAUUGUCAGGCCUACUCCCAUCGGAAGAUGUGGACUCCAAGACUUUGUGGAAAGCUCUUGAAGAAGGUAUGCCAAACCUCAACCGGCGAAGGAGGAAGGCACUUCAUCGAGCAUCCAAUUGGGUUGUUCACUUGUUUGCGGGCCCUGGCUCGCACAAGGCUUUCAAACGAUUGGAGUCGCAGGAUACAGUUGUUGUUGAGCUUGACAUUUGCCGCUCAAGGAGCCAAGAUCUUUACCAUGAUCCGCUUUGGACGCUUCUUGCUAAGGUUGCAAAGUUGGGACGAGUUGCGGCGGUCAUUGGAGGUCCACCAACCCGCACGUGGUCCAUGUCAGGGCACCGCGCUGAUGGACCACAUCCACUCCGCUCGCCCACUGAACCGUUUGGCCUGAGCACUCUCACCUCUGACGAGCUGUGGGCGCCGGGGUUUGUGCAAGCCAUCGUGUACGCACUCCAACGUUGGCCCUGUUACCGCAUCAUGAAAUUCACCCAAGCGGAUUGGGAACAGCAUGUUGCGAACAAUCACGUGCCGUACCGCCGUGAUUGUGCAGUUUGCGUGCACGGUGCCGGAAACGGCCGCCGCCACCACGGUGUAGUUCACCCGGAUGUGUAUUGCAUGUCAGCCGACAUUGCGGGGCCCAUCCGUGUGAAGGGCAAAGACCCAGAAAGCCGCAACCACCGACCAGCCACGUUCAAGUACUUCCUCGCUGUGUCGUACCGCUUCCCACGGCUCAAAGGAGUGAAGGAGGAGUCAGACCCCAGCCAAACCGAGGGGUUUGAUGAUGCAGCACUCCUCCCGGGAGGGACGGAUGACCUUGCAGAUGAGGCCUUUCCCGCAGCAGAAGGCCCCCCGCACGAGGAUUACGAGGACUCCCUGUACGAGCCAAGUUUAGCGGAAGAAGAGGAGGAGGGGGAAGGUGAAGGAGUUGAAGGGCCUAGGGAGUUUGCAGCCAAAGUUGCCGAGGAGCAUCCCUGGGAGUCAGCCAGGUGUGAACUCGAAACACCGCCUGACAUGGCGAGGCUGGUGUUUGCAUUUGUAGGAGACUCGCUUGAGGAGGAGCACACACCACCUCCACGCAGGGUUCGCGGCAAGCGGUCUGCUGGUGUGAGACUUGACGACGUGUUUGCACUUGACCCGCCGCCUCCCUUGCCGCCGCCAGCAGAAGCUCCACACCCGGAAGGGCCUGUGUCACCGGUUGAGGAGGAGUCUGCCCGUGUAGCGCGCUUGAGUCUGCAAGACCUCGAAGGUUUAGCUACGGAGCUUAUCGAGGACGACUGGGACCUUGAUGAAGCGUUGUGGGUGUUAGCCGAAGUGUGCAGAGCAGCGCCCCAGCUGCAACACAAAGCUGGGUUGUACCGUCACGGAGGUGUCGUAGGAGUUUUAGGGGGUACCACAGAUAAGCCUUGGCUGACAGAGCUUAUGAAUAUGGUGCUUUCCGCAGUUGCACCCACAGCUGAGUACACCUCGCUUUGGUUGUCUAAUUCCACUGUUCAACCCGUGCACGCCGACCACCACAACCUGCAGGGAUCCACAAAUGUAGUCCUCCCUUUGAAGCUCCCGCCUAACGGAGGGGAUUUGUGGAUAGAACUCAAGCCUGGUGACCUAGUCAGUGGCCCUGUAGAGGAGCGGGUAGACGGCAAAGGUAGGCGCUGGUUAGGGACAACUCACAAGUUAGAGCGCGGUAAGCCCUUCUUCCUAGACCCUACUCGCCGCCACGCCACCACUCCCUGGAAGGGUGAGAGAGCAGUGCUUGUCGGCUACACUGUCAACACGUUAGGCAAAGAGCUUGAGCACGAGUUUCAAAGCCUUGAAGCUUUAGGUUUUCCACUCCCAGCGUCGGUACGUUUACCGCUGACUGAGCAGCAAGACGUGAGACGUCUAGACGCGUUUGACUGCUUCGAAGAAGAGCCCCUUCAGGAGACAAAGGCACGUCACCCUGACGGGAAGACUUCUGAGUUAGCGCCUGGGACUGUGCUUAAAGGCGGAGGUUGGAAAGAAACCCAAGCCGUAGAAGCAGGUACUGUAGAGCUGGAGGUGUCGUGGAACCUGAAACACUCGCCGGACCAAAGGCGAACCCAGUCUGAGCACGCCCUGCUGGCUUGCCAACCAGACACCGAGACACAGGUUGAGGAGGAGGAGGAGGGCUUAAGCGAAGACUCCUUGCCGGAACAACCAGUGCUGUGGGAGUUGUGGGUUCCACACCCGCAGACAGGUGAGCAGCUGUGUGUUCUCAGGUCUGACGACUCGGACGCGAGUGAAGCUUGUGCCCUUUGCAAGUCUGAGCCGGUUUACACUACCAACGUAGAGCUGUUGCUUGACGGGUUGCAAGAACCACUGCAGGUAGUCCACACUGUAGACCCUCGGGAUGCAGAGCAAUGCAUCGAGAAGUGGAUGCCGUCCAUUCACAAGGAGAUCGGUGUCAUUGAGAAGGCUGUGCGGCGACUGCCCCCUGCAGAGGUCCGUUCCGGAGGUUGGCUAAAGCGCAAGGAAGUGAAGGUGGUUCCGUCUAAGUUUGUGUUCACAGUCAAGCCACCAGACCCUGCUGAAGCCUCCCUCGCUACCCGGAAGGGUCAGGCUUACCACAAGCGCAAGGCUCGCCUGGUCGCUUGUGGCAACCACGCCCCCGGCACAGGGUCUGAAGUCUACGCUUCAGGUGCUGCUGCAGAGACACUCCUUGUGGGUGGUGAUAAUCAAUGCGAGAGCCAGAUUGCUGUCGGCAAGAACCAGUUGCGCAGUCUCAAUGCUACGGGCAGAAUGGCACCUCGCAAUGCGCACACGACCCUUGCUUUUGCCCGUCGCCUGUUGCGGAAACCUGGCUUGAAGCCCAUUUUCCAGGCCUUGCGUCUUCAUCGUACAGAGAGAGCGGGACUGCUGGGAUGCGAUCCGUCGCACUACUGCGAAGCCUACAGUGAAACUCAAGCUGUGGGCACUGGGACCGUGGCGCAGCAAGACCUGCAGCUGAGUGCCUUCGCUGUCCUGCUCGCCUUCUUUCAGGUCGUAGGUGCUGCCAGCCAGACAACGGACGAGGAAGAAGACUUGUCUCUCCCCGUGUCGCUUGAUGCAGAUUUGAUGUUGGCAGUAUCCAUCAUCUGCAUUGGUAUCUGCUUCAUUGCAGUGUGGGAGUUCUUCAAGUGGUGCCUUCAAGGCGUCAUCUCCCGCCGAGAGGCAGGGACACCCGUGUUGUCUCUGAGCCCCCGCAAGGCGCGCAAGUUACAGCGCCUUCGAGAUCAAACUGCGCAGGCCAUCCAGGCCGAGAUCUCUGCACGUGAGGAGGCAGCAAGCUCGCAGUCUGUAACCUUCGUGACUUACCAGAUCGUGCUGUCCAGCUUAGCAGACAGGCUCGUCGCGGACAAUGAAGUACCAGCCAUGCCGAAAGCCAUGGACAUUGCCGUGCGCCGAUGUGUGGAUGUCCUCGUGGGCAUCGUGGUGGCCACGGUCGUUAGUAUCUUCUUGGCGCCGGAUCGUGGCAUCGAUGAACUUCGUGAUCGUGAGAACGAAGCGCUGAAAUGCGCCGUGAGUGCACUUCGCCGUGCGGGAGCAGUGCUCGCUGCAACAGCUGCUGGCCAGACCCGCGACGCCACGGAGGACGAGGAGGCUUGGACCGAACUUCGGAACGAAGUUUGGACCUCUUUCGAGGCGUUGAACUUUGCGGGGGAUGGGCAGCCGGGUGUUGGCGACGUGUUGGAAGAUGCUCGCUGGGAGGGUCGCUGGGGCGUGGAUGGCGGCUUCCUCGUGCUAGGUGGCCUUCUUUGGCUGCCGGGCCGCUGCUUCCGCUGCUGUGGCCGCCGGAAGAAGCCAAGCAGCCGGAAAUGCCUUCAGGCAGUUCUGGAAAUUUCCCGGCUGCUUCGCAUCGUGAACAUGCUCGUGGCCAUAUUGCAUGAGGGCCUCGGCGAGGACGCAGAGCUCCCGCUUUCCAACGACCGGCGUGUCCUUCAAGCCUUGGGUCCCAAUGGCGAGGGCCUUGCCGAAUCUCUAGAUGCAGCGUUGGCGGCUGCCUCCGCCAUGCUGACUGGGCAGAAUGGUGGCAAAGUCGAGCCAGUGAUGGCAGAUCUGGAGGAGCGCAACCGACUGCUCCUUCUUGGUGCGGGUGCAUCCCGCAAGAAGGCUGGAGGAUUGGCCCGCAACCAAAACCUUGGGGGACUUCGUGCAGCCGCAGCGAUCAAGCUCCUGGACAUCUCCAUCCGAGCCCUUGGCGAGUCCCUCCGAAGCCUCGCUUUCCAGAGGCUUUAA